CGCAUUUCUUUACUUCCGGUUCAGAAGUUCGUUCUCUUCCGGUUGUCGUCCAUUCGUGUGGCAGCAGGUUUACCAGAGUCGAAAUGGCCAAGUCCAAGAACCACACAACCCACAACCAGUCUCGUAAAGCCCACAGGAAUGGCAUCAAGAAGCCCAGGUGUUUCCGUUAUGAGUCAUUGAUGGGGGUGGACCCUAAGUUCCUGAGAAAUCUGCGCUUUGCUAAGAAGCACAACAAGAAGGGCAAGAAGGCACAGAAGGCCGCUCAGGAGAAAUAAGCCGCUUGCUGGUCACCCCUUUGUCUGUGUUUGUUGCCACCAUCACAAUAAAGCUAUGCUUUGUUAACAAACA